AUGGCAGCUGCAGUCGAGGAGGAGAUGCAGGCAGAAAGGAAGCUGGAGCAAAGCACCGAGGAUUUCCGCGCGCGCCUGGCUCGCCUGUCCUCCCAACCACCCUCGCUCGAGACACAGGCCUUGCUGGAAAAUCUCAGUGCAGCCAAAGCUCAGCUUGCCGAGGAUGAAAGGCGCUUGUCGAUGGGGCUCUUCGAGCGCUGGCGAGAGCGACUGGACCAGGAACUCCAUGCUGGCGGAUACGUUGAGCAGAAGAAUUCCAUCGGCAAGAUUGGAAGAGAGCAGGGCUUCGUGACUGCAGAUGAACUGGCGGAUGCCUGCGCGGAAUCAUCAGAGAUGGCUCUGCAGAAGUCCGCUUGCGCGGAGAGAUUGGCCCAGGUACAACGCCGGCUCCUGCAGUUUCGUAGCGAGCUGCGAGCAGAAGAAGCCGAAACGAACGCCUUGUGCUUCCAGCUCGUAGAGGAGAGAAGGCGAUCCAACGAAUGGUGGGAGUGGCACAUGGCGAGGUGA